AUGCCGGCGCGGCCUGCGAUGCCGGCGCUAACUCUUGGUAGGAAAUGGUGGAACUGGGGUCCGGCGUUGAUGCCCGUCAUCGGUGUGGCUCUGAUAUUGUUCAAAACCUUCAUCAUCAUUAUGGGACUUCAGCUCCUGCGCUAUGCAGCCAUCAUGGAGUCCCGGAGAAAAUGGAGGUUCCGACUCCUUGGCCUGUCAAUGGCCAUGGCCGUGGGACCCCUCUGUGAGGUGUCGGCCUAUGCCUUUGCACCGCAGUCGCUUUUGGCUCCACUGGAUGGCUUCGAUGUCAUUUGGAAUAUUCUGUUGGCGCCGUACACCCUCGGUGAGAGCCUGACGAGCAGCAAACUGCUCGGGUCAGGCUUUGUUUUUGCGGGCGCCGUGUCGGCUCCGAUGUUCAGUCCUCACAGCAAGCCCCCGGAGACCAUGGACGAUCUCCGCGAGAAGUUCAUCAGCCGAUCGUUUCUCGGGUGGAUCCUCGUGUGCAUCUCCCUCGCUUGCUUCGCUUGCCUGACCAUGCCGCCAAAGAAUGGCGCGCGGCCGCCAGCCCGACGGGGGCUGCUGUUGGCCAUGGCUGGGGGCUUCCUUGCUGGUCAGAGGUAUUUCAUGUCCUCGACUGCUACGGUGUUGCAUACCUCUUUCGAUGAGGGCAACUGGGAUAUGUGGUACGACCCGCUGGCCUACUUUAUUCUAGGAGGUAUGCUGUUUUGCGCGGCAAUGAACGCAGUGCUGCUGAAUAAAGGCUUGGCCGAGUUCGAGGCCAUGAUGAUGAUUCCAACGUUUGUGGGAACUUCAAUCGUGACGACGAGUGUUUCGGCAGCCGUAAUCUUGAAAGAGACGGCGACGCUCAUAGCUUGGAGGUUGCUCGGCUACUGGUUCGGCAUUCUUCUCGUCGUGACUGGCCUCGUUAUCAUCGCGAGGGAUGCUCGGCGACAGCUCGACGGCUGCGAAGAUGCCUCCGGGCAGCAGGCAGAGCGACGGCUAAUGGGCAUCCCGACGGAGCAGAGCCGCGUGGUGGUGCCGGUGGACAUCGCUGUAGCGGACUGA